GAAUAAAAACGGAUGAACGCAGAAACCACAAAUAAUAAAGAACAAUUGCAAAUUGUCUCUGAAUGUCCCUCUGUAAAUCAUACUUAGAGUUAACUGAAAGGUGAACAAGCCCUAUAACCGAGCGAGAUCACAUGACAAAUGAGCCAUGAGUGAGACUUUAGUUAUGUGACUGCACUUGUGUUCAUCAGAUCAUUAUAGAGACCAGAGAGUCAGUUCCACAGCAUUCACUGAUCCCAUUCACAAAUAAACUGCACUCUCACUGCUUCCCCCAAAUACACACAUACAUUAUACACAGGGAUCAGACCAUCAGGGAUUAGCAAUUGCCUCUGAGAAUCUCUGUGUGGGACUUGUCACUCAGAUUGGAGGAGGGAAGAAAGCAAUAGAGAACAUGAUUGGCUGAAUAGUCAGAGGGCCGGGACUUCAAGUUAGGGGCUGUGGGUAAAUUUGAGAACCACAGACAAAAGGAAUCAGUCGGAAUCGUUGGGCUCAUACAUAAAGUAAAUCUAUACAUUGUGUGUGAGGGGAGCUGAGAGAUAUUUGUGCGGUACAGAGAUAUGUGAGGAAUUGUCUCCCGUCCCUUACUGAGCCGCUCUCACUCCCACCUCCCAAGCACCCGGGACCAUUGGUUUGUAGCCGGAGCAGGGAACUCUGGGAACUUCCACACAGCCUGCCUGAACACAUUGAAGUUGGCCUCUCCAUCUUCCUUCAAUCCUCGGAGUUGCAACUUCACCUGUUUUGUGACAUCACGAGGCAAAGAUUAACAUGAAAAACUAGGGUAGCCAAUGGGACUGAGGGAGGAAGCGAGUGACACAGGGAUGAAGGGCAAGAAGAAGAAGGAUAAAAACGAGCGGAACAAGAGAAUCCUGAAUCUGACACUGGAGAUGAUCUAUCUGCUGACUGGAGAGCACUACAUCCCUAGGAAGAAGUCAGAUGAUGGGGGGGCCCUGCAUGCCCCUGGCUCCGUCAUACAGAAGGAAAAUAACAAGAAUGACAAGAAGAUCCUGGAACUCAUGUCCAACAUCAUCCAGCUGCUGACUGGAGAGGUUGUCAUAAGGACUGAUGAUGUUUCCAUCUAUUUUUCCUUGGACGAGCGGGACUAUAUAAAAAGAAACAAGGCCCUUUACAAGGAAAGAAUAAUGGAGGAGCCACAGCAGUUUUUCCUGAUGGACUGUGAAUAUGAAGAUAAGAGAGAUAUUCCAGCUGAUCUGGGAGGAACAUUAUGUUCUAAUAAUGAGCCAAGCAAGAUUGGGGCUGAAGGAAGUCUCACAAACCGGGAAUUUUCUCCAGUGGAACAGCCCCCACCAGCCAAUAGGAUUAAAGAGGAAGAGAUUUCAUGGGAAGAGGGAAACCAAUCAGAUUGCAGCAUUAAUCCACUUACAGAACAGAUACAGGGAACAGAUACACCUACUCCUAGCAUGGGAUAUAGGCUGAAUAACAGCCUGGCAUGUGAUAUAAAAGAGGAAGUGGAUUCAUGGGAAGAGGGAAACCAAUCAGAUUGCAGCAUUAAUCCACUUACAGAACAUAUACAGGGAACAGAUAAAGCUUCUCCUAUCCUGGGAUGCAGCCUGAAUAACAUCUUGGCAGAUGAUUAUAUAUUAGUUGAUAUUAAAGAGGAAGAGGCUUCAUGGGAAAAAGAAAAACAACUUGCAAAACAAACACAAGACACAUCGACUCUCAUGGGAAAGAGCCUAAAUAGCAGCUUGAUCCCUAACGAUACAUCUAAUGCUAUAAAGAAAGAAUUGGUUUUAUGGGAAACUGAUCAUAAUUACAGCAAAAUAAAUAGAAUUAGAAGACGUAUACCACAAACAGAUAAAUUAGACCCUUUUAUGGGCUGCAAACUGAAUAAUAACUCACAAAAUGCUCAUGUAACGUUUCUUAUUCAGGUGGAAUCCGCUUCAUGUGCAGAGGGAAACCAAUCGGAUUGCAGCAUUAAUCCACUUAUAGAACAGAUACAGGGAACAGAUACACCUACUCCUAUUGUGGGGUGUAGCCUGAAUAACAGCUCGGCAGGUGAUAUAACAGAGGAAGUGGAUUCAUGGGAAGGAAGAAACCAAUCAGAUUGCAGCAUUAAUCCACUUACAGAACAGAUACAGGUAACAGAUACACCUACUCCUAUCAUGGGAUCCUUUGUCAAUAAUAGUUUAACUGCUUAUGUAGCGAAUGUUAUCAAAGAGAACCCCACAUUAAACAAUGGAGAGCAAAGAUGCUGGAGGAGUAAUACAGAUGAGGGACCAGACAGAUACGGACAUAGUCACUUACAAGAUGAUACAGAACCAGUGGAUUCCAAUUAUACAGAGAGCCAUAACAGUGUGAUUACUAAGAGCAGUUGUAGUAAAGUGAAAACAGCUGGAGAAGAGAAACCAUUCACUUGUUCUCAGUGCGGGGAAGGCUUUGCUGUUAACUCCCAGCUCACUGCACAUUACACAUGUCACACAGGAGACAAACUGUUCAUAUGUUCUGAAUGUGGCAAAUGUUAUAAUUCAUACCCGCAGCUCAAUGCGCACCAGAAAAAUCACAAGAAAGAGAAGCAGUUUCCUUGCUCUGAAUGUGGGAAACAUUUCCCCAAGCUUUCAAGCCUAAAUGAACACAGGAGAAUUCACACCGGAGAGAAGCCGCACACUUGCUCUGAAUGUGGCAAAUGCUUUGCAGAUCCCGCACAGCUUAGUCGCCACUGUAAGACGCACACAAGAGAGAAGUUUGCUUGCACGGAAUGUGGCAAGUCCUACAUAUGUCACAUGUCCCUUGUCAUACAUCAAAGGACUCACAAAGAAACCAAAGCCCUUUGCUGCUCCGAGUGUGGCGAAUGCUUUAAGUAUCACUUUCAGCUCACUCACCACAUUCGAGGCCACGCCGCGGAGAAAACGUUUACCUGUUCGGAAUGCGCGAAGAGUUUUCCAAAUAUUUCAAAACUUAAGACGCAUCAUAAAAGUCACGCGGAGGAGCGGUCGUUUUGUUGUUCUCAGUGUGGGAAGUGUUACAAACAUCAGUCGGACCUUUCCAACCAUUACAGGAUUCACACAGGGGAGAAAGUUUUCUCUUGUUCUGAAUGUGGGAAAUGCUUUACACGUAACAAUAAUCUUAAAGUACAUUUAAAACGGCACAAAGGAGGAAAACUAUAAGUUUGUUCUUAGUGUAUGAAACAUAUUUAUUAAUCUGCAUUUCAGUAAGGAAAGAAGAGAAUAAUGAAUUGGUGUCAGUCUGUAAUAGAAGCACUUGACCCUACAAAGUACAUUGUGUGUUUUACUUUACUGUUUUACUGGACAGUAACUACUGGAUCAGUGACCCACAUUCAUUUGUCCAGGAGUAACCCCCAAACUAAAACAGCAUUUUGGAGAAUUUUACACCAGACAAAGUGGAUAAGCACAAGUGACAGUUGAUGCAGCAAAACGUAUAUGUAAAUAUAAAUGAUCCCUUCAAGGUGUUUUUAGAAACUGCAGACCUUCAGUCAUCUAGGGCUGCUGCAGUUUUCACUCAGAAUUCAAAUACAUUUUACCAGUGCAUCAUGAUAUUUAGAGCUUUUUUGUUGCAUUUUUAGUUGUUUUUUUAGAC